AUUCUUCUACAAACUUCUUCUGCCUCAUUCUCCAAGCAAAAAAACCUCCGUCUUCUUCCUCUUCAUCUUCUCAAAACCCUAAAACCUAAAGAACACUUGCUUCAAUUUACCUCACAUGGCGUCAAGGAGAUUAUCCAAAUCUGUUUCCUCAGUCAUCAAAGCUCAAUAUACUCUCUCGAAACCACCUCUUUUCCUCCGUUCUCGUCCUCUCUCUGCUUCUUCUCACUACACCUCUCCCAAUUCCUCUAUUUUCCGAACAAAUUCAUUCAUCAAAAUCGCCGCUAACAACAACUCUUCCAUCACUCAGACGACUACUCAUGGCCAACUCUUACCUCUUUCUCUUCAAUUCCCUUCUCCGCGACGCUUCUCCACCACCACUGCUCAGAUUAAUCAAAAUGAGUUUACGGAGAUGGCAUGGGAAGGGCUUAUCAAUGCCUAUGAUGCGGCUCGUGAAUCGAACCAACAAAUCGUUGAAUCUGAACAUUUGAUGAAAGCUCUUCUUGAGCAAAAAGAUGGUAUGGCCAGAAGAGUAUUCGCCAAAGCCGGAAUCGACAAUUCCUCUGUUUUGCAAGCUACCGACUUGUUUAUAUCUAAACAACCAACGGUUAGUGAUACAGGUGGUCAGAGACUAGGGUCAUCUCUUAGUGUUAUAUUAGAAAAUGCAAAGAGGCAUAAGAAAGAUAUGUUAGAUAGUUAUGUAUCUGUGGAACAUCUUCUUUUGGCCUUUUAUUCUGAUACAAGGUUUGGUCAAGAAUUUUUCAAGAAUAUGAAACUUGAUAUGCAAGUGCUUAAGGAUGCUAUAAAAGAUGUACGUGGUAGUCAACGCGUAACUGAUCAAAAUCCUGAGAGCAAAUAUGAAGCACUUGAAAAGUAUGGAAAUGAUUUAACUGAGAUGGCUAGACGAGGGAAACUUGAUCCGGUCAUUGGGCGGGAUGAUGAAAUUCGGCGUUGCAUUCAGAUAUUAUGUAGGAGAACAAAAAACAAUCCGGUUAUUAUUGGUGAGCCUGGUGUAGGGAAAACUGCAAUUGCAGAGGGGUUGGCUCAACGAAUUGUGCGAGGAGAUGUCCCUGAGCCUCUCAUGAAUCGAAAGUUGAUAUCUCUCGACAUGGGUUCACUUCUUGCUGGUGCCAAAUAUCGAGGAGAUUUUGAGGAAAGAUUGAAAGCAGUAUUGAAGGAAGUAACUGCUUCCAAUGGGCAAACAAUCUUGUUCAUUGAUGAGAUCCACACUGUUGUUGGUGCAGGAGCUAUGGGGGGAGCAAUGGAUGCGAGCAACCUCUUGAAACCAAUGCUUGGACGAGGUGAACUGAGAUGCAUUGGUGCAACUACACUGACCGAAUACCGAAAAUACAUAGAGAAAGAUCCAGCUCUAGAGCGUAGGUUUCAACAAGUGUUAUGUACUCAGCCCUCUGUUGAAGAUACUAUCUCGAUUCUUCGUGGGUUAAGAGAGCGAUACGAGUUACACCAUGGCGUUACUAUAUCAGAUAGUUCCCUUGUUUCAGCAGCAGUUCUCGCAGACCGAUACAUCACUGAACGCUUUCUGCCAGACAAAGCUAUUGAUCUUGUUGACGAAGCUGCUGCAAAGUUGAAGAUGGAGAUAACUUCUAAACCAACUGAACUAGAUGAAAUAGAUAGAGCUGUGAUCAAAUUGGAGAUGGAAAAGCUUUCUCUUAAAAAUGAUAAUGAUAAAGCUUCUAAAGAACGGCUACAGAAGAUUGAGAAUGAUCUGUCCACGCUCAAACAUAAACAGAAAGAACUUAGUGACCAAUGGGAGAACGAAAAGUCGCUCAUGACUAAAUACAUUGAUCGAGUUAACCUCGAAAUUGAAUCUGCUGAACGUGAAUAUGAUCUAAACCGAGCUGCUGAGCUAAAGUAUGGAACACUUUUGUCCCUCCAACGCCAAUUAGAAGAAGCUGAGAAGAAUCUCACGAAUUUCCGACAGUCUGGACAGUCACUACUCAGAGAAGAGGUUACCGAUCUUGACAUAGCAGAAAUAGUAAGCAAGUGGACUGGUAUUCCACUAUCUAAUCUUCAGCAAUCAGAAAGAGAAAAGCUGGUCAUGUUGGAACAAGUGCUCCACCAUAGAGUUGUUGGUCAAGACAUGGCUGUAAAAUCAGUAGCAGAUGCUAUCCGACGUUCAAGGGCAGGCCUUUCUGAUCCUAACCGCCCAAUAGCUAGUUUUAUGUUCAUGGGUCCAACAGGUGUUGGUAAGACCGAGCUUGCCAAGGCUCUAGCGGGUUACCUUUUUAACACUGAAAAUGCAAUAGUGAGGAUCGAUAUGAGUGAGUAUAUGGAAAAAUUCUCAGUCUCGCGGCUCGUUGGUGCACCACCUGGCUAUGUUGGUUAUGAAGAAGGUGGGCAAUUAACUGAAGUUGUUCGCAGGAGACCUUACUCGGUGGUUCUGUUUGAUGAGAUCGAGAAAGCCCACCCUGAUGUCUUUAAUAUCUUGCUACAACUACUAGACGAUGGAAGAAUAACUGAUUCUCAAGGGAGGACAGUAAGUUUCAAAAACUGUGUUGUAAUUAUGACGUCGAAUAUAGGAUCUCACCACAUACUUGAGACCCUCCGCAACAACGAAGACAGCAAAGAAACAGUUUAUGAGAUAAUGAAGCGACAAGUUGUGGAGUUAGCAAGACAAAAUUUUAGACCCGAGUUCAUGAACAGAAUUGACGAAUACAUAGUUUUCCAGCCGCUGGAUUCUAAAGAAAUCUCCAAAAUCGUAGAGUUACAGAUGAGACGGGUGAAGAAUAGGUUGGAACAGAAGAAAAUCAAUCUUCAGUAUACAAAAGAGGCAGUGGAUCUCUUGGCUCAGCUUGGCUUUGACCCCAACUACGGGGCGAGGCCUGUGAAGCGAGUGAUUCAACAGAUGGUGGAGAAUGAGAUUGCUGUCGGGGUUUUGAAAGGAGAUUUCGCAGAAGAAGAUACCGUUCUUGUCGAUGUUGACCUCUUGGCUAGUGACAACAAAUUGGUUAUCAAGAAGCUCGAGAGUAAUGCACCAGAAGAGAUGGCCGCUUAAGUAUAUAUACAAACAAAAUUAGCCUAUUCGG